AGCCUGAUCACACCGUAAUCACACCGCUAAUCUACACUCGAAUCAAGCCGCCUAGCCGUUAGCCAAUCAGAGCGCGUCAUUCAGGUACGCUCUCGCACUUCGAGCGAAAAGAAAACAACAACAACAAACAUGGCCUCUCCCGUGGAGCAGCUUAUUCCCGUUGGAUCAGACAAAAAACGCCAGAAAAAUGAGGAUUAUACAUGCAUCACACACACAUAUCAUCGGUGGACAAAGAACGGACACAGCCACUAACAGUUGUUCGUUGGAAGAAGCUGGUUGUAUGUGCCCGUAAGUGGCUAGAAAUUGACAGAAUCGACCGCACGUUGGCGGAGGCUGUAUGUGUACACGAUGACGAGUUCGCCAAAAAUAACAAUGAUGAUGAUUCCACGUCAACCCUGGCUUGUCCAGACGAAACUCUUCCUGGCUUCUUGGAGGUACACAAACUUGGUUUUCAUCCAACUUGUUAUAGACGUUUCAUCCAUAAGAAACGAAUUGCCAGUGCUGAAAAACUAGCAGAAAAACGGGGAGCAUCUAUCUGGUGGUGACAACAAUGGUUCUGAUUCUGAUCACGAAUCUUCCACAACCACGUCCACGACUAGCCGGCCACCAUCGCCAAAACGGUUGAGAUCCACGACUAAAUCAUCGAGGUCUGGCAAUGUACUUCCUGCUAUCUGUAUAAUUUGCAAGAGGCUUGACCGCUUUGUGAAAGAAGGACACAUGACAAAGAAAGAUAAAUUGGUCCAAGCAGAAACUAUAAAUGCUGGGAGUUUGGUUAAAGCAGCUGAACUGAAAAUGGACGAAUCCAUCCUCAAGGAUGUACGUGGAAAAGAUUGUCGCAAUUGAAGUGCGGUACCACAAACGGUGCUACAAAGAAUAUACAAGAUUUCUGGUGGCUACAACAAGUGAUGAAAGGAUGCCAAAAGCCUGGGAGUAUGCCACUGUACACAGAAUUUUGUGACAAAAUAAUUCGGGCACAGUUGAUUAAAAAACAGGAAAUCUUCAGGAUGAAAAAGCUCUCUUCCCUGUUCCAGAAAAUGAUACGAGAACACCAUGGUCAUGGAAGUUACAGAUCAGAUCUUCUGAAGAAAAGACUGAGGCAAGACUUUCCCCAACUAAAUUUCUACAAGCCUCUGAGGAAAAACCUGAGUGAAAUGGUAUUUACAGAAGCUACAGGACUUCUCAACAAGGGUUCAUCAACUGAAACUGAGUCAUCAGGAUCGCAAGAGACUUUGUCGAGUGGUGGAGAGACAGUUCAGGAAGGUCGUACAUAUGCAGCACAACGAGACCAUACCAGAACCAUUUAUAGUGCAGGUAUAAUUCUUAAACAAGCAGUUAAGAGUGCCCCUAAAAUGAGUGCCAAUUGGCCUCCUACAUCUGAGGAUCUAAAUAUUUCCUCAGCUAGAAAGAUUGUGCCAAUUGAACUGUAUAAUUUACUUGCUUGGUGCAUAGGUGUAAGUGAUGAAUUGACAUUAUCUAACAUGGUUAAUGUAUCGGAGGAGGUUGAUCUUCGUUUACUGUCAAUCUGCCAAGAUAUUAUUUAUUUAUCCUCAAAAGGUAGAAAUCAAACCCCAAAAUCUCUAACACUUGAUUUAACUCUGCACCACUUGACAGGGUCAUUUCAGGUUGUACACAUGGUGAGUAAACUUGGUCACUGUGUAUCUUGGGAAUCUGUUGUAGGUUUUGAGACAAGUCUUGCUCAGCUUCAGUUGUCCAGAGGUUUGGAUCUCCCACAAGGGUUUGCCAGUAAUAACUUUACUGUUCUAGUGUGGGACAAUGUAGAUUUUGGAGAGGAAACAUCAUCAGGGAAGGGUACCACCCAUCACACUAUUUUCUAUUGUAAUUCUGAAGUCGUAACAACCUGAAGUUAUCCUAAAAAGUUUAACAUCUCUUGCUGGGUCCAACAAAAGUCAUUGUUUAAAAACAGAAAUGUCUUUGUGCCUAGUUUUCACUGUUCAAAUUUUAGCUGUGUAAAAUUUUGCUUCCAAUAUUGUAACUGGUCUGCUAGGUCAGUGGUUCCCAACCUUUAUUUCUUAAAGCCCCCCCCUGCUGAAGUCCAAGACAAGCCAAGCACCCCCAAGCCUUACACAGGCCCGCACAAACGUAUCAAAAGAUUAAAGUGAUUUGUAAUGAACAUUUAUUUAUUUGAAAAAUAAAGAAUAAAUGGCAGCUAUGUCAUUUUGUUAUUAUUUUUGAUUAAUAAUGUAUUUUUUAUGUCAACGGGUGUACAGUGCACAGAAAUUAACUACAAACUCCAAAAAAGAGAGCUAACAUAUAAACUUCAAACCUAAGCUUAACUUUCAUGAGCAUGUCCACAUUUUCAAUAUAUUUUCCAGUUCUAAUUUACAAACAUGCAUAAAGUAUAAACUAAAAAAAAAAAAAAAAAAAACAGUCCCAUGUGAUUAUACACACUCAACUACUGGCUUAAAAAA